CUCAAAUCGGUGUAUUGAUCUCCACGGAAGCCCCAAACCCGCGCCAUCGACCCACCACGAGAGACCCCCAUGGCCCAGGGUGAUGGCUGUGGGACUUGGUGCGCCCGGAGAGCUCAGUGGCUACAGAAGGGGUGGGGAUUCUUCGUGUCUCCCGGAGCCUGAACCCCUUUCCUGGUUCUGGCCGGUAGCCGUCUCCAGGGCUAACGUGGGCAGCGCAGGGGGGCGGAAACCGGGUUUUAGCCAAAUGCCUCGACGUCGCCGCGCCUCCGCCUCCUCGUCGCUGAAAGAAAUGUCGGGGUUUCAUCAGAACUAGGGAGCGAGAGUCAGGAACAGCGAGUCUGCUGAAGCCGGCUGUUGAGUGAGGGUGUGAGACGGCGGGGCGGUGGGGGGCCACCGCGGCUUGGGGGAUAGUGCGUGUGGGGUUGACCGAGUGUCUGCUUGAGAGGCUGGGAAGAUAUGGGGGGCAGGGAUGGGAGAAAUGCUCAGGCCUGAAGUCCCCAGCCCACCGUGCUCAGGAGUAGCGGACGUUUCGACACCAUCCUUAUCUGUGCUACUGUCUGCUGCAGCUUCCGUGCCCCGUUCUCCUGGAGCAGGGCGUAAAAGCGGCUUGCAUUCAAUUAGCAGUGAAGCUCGCGGGCGCUGGCGGGACAGGCGCGUGAGGCCACAACACAUGCGAGUAUCUUCCUUGGGCUAUCUUUCCUGCUCUGCCACACCGGAUCUGGAGAAGGGGUUUCAGCCCUAGGACAUUUACUGAGAGUCGGCGGAUAUUGGGAGCCGUGAUGUUCCCCCUUCGGGCCCUGUGGUUGGUCUGGGCGCUUCUAGGAGGGGCUGGAGCAUGCCCUGAGCCGUGCGCCUGCGUGGACAAGUACGCUCACCAGUUCGCGGACUGCGCUUACAAAGAGUUGCGCGAGGUGCCAGAAGGACUGCCUGCCAACGUGACCACGCUUAGUCUGUCCGCGAACAAGAUCACCGUGCUGCGGCGCGGAGCCUUCGCCGACGUCACACAGGUCACGUCGCUGUGGCUGGCGCACAAUGAGGUGCGCACCGUGGAGCCAGGCGCACUGGCAGUGCUGAGUCAGCUCAAGAACCUCGACCUGAGCCACAACUUCAUAUCCAGCUUUCCGUGGAGCGACCUGCGCAACCUGAGCGCGCUGCAGCUGCUCAAAAUGAACCACAACCGCCUGGGCUCUCUGCCCCGGGACGCACUGGGUGCGCUACCCGACCUGCGUUCCCUGCGCAUCAACAACAACCGGCUGCGUACACUGGCCCCCGGCACCUUUGACGCGCUCAGCGCGCUGUCACACCUGCAACUCUAUCACAAUCCCUUCCACUGCGGCUGUGGCCUUGUGUGGCUGCAGGCCUGGGCCGCGAGCACCCGGGUGUCCUUACCCGAGCCCGACUCCAUUGCUUGUGCGUCGCCUCCCGCGCUGCAGGGGGUGCCGGUGUACCGCCUGCCCGCCCUGCCCUGUGCAACGCCCAGCGUGCAUCUGAGUGCCGAGCCACCGCUUGAAGCACCCGGCACCCCACUGCGCGCGGGACUGGCGUUCAUGUUACACUGCAUCGCCGACGGCCACCCCACACCCCGCCUGCAAUGGCAACUUCAGAUCCCCGGUGGCACCGUAGUCUUAGAGCCACCAGUUCUGAGCGGGGAGGACGAUGGGGUUGGGACGGAGGACGGAGAGGGAGAUGGAGAUGGGGACUUGCUGACGCAGACCCAAGCCCCAACGCCGAUUCCCGCACCCGCUUGGCCCGCGCCCCCAGCCACACCGCGCUUCCUGGCCCUCGCAAACGGCUCCCUGUUGGUCCCCCUCCUGAGUGCCAAGGAGGCGGGCGUCUACACUUGCCGUGCACACAAUGAGCUGGGCACCAACUCUACGUCAGUACGUGUGGCGGUGGCAGCAACGGGGCCCCCAAAACACGCGCCUGGCGCCGGGGGAGAACCCGACGGGCAGGCCCCGACCUCUGAGCGCAAGUCCACAGGCAAGGGCCGGGGCAACAGCGUCCUGCCUUCCAAACCCGAGGGCAAAAUCAAAGGCCAAGGCCUGGCCAAGGUCAGCAUUCUCGGGGAGACCGAGACGGAACCGGAGGAGGACACAGGUGAGGGAGAGGAGGCCGAAGACCAGAUCCUCGCGGACCCGGCGGAGGAGCAGCGCUGUGGCAACGGGGAUACUUCUCGGUACGUUUCUAACCACGCGUUCAACCAGAGCGCAGAGCUCAAGCCGCACGUCUUCGAGCUGGGCGUCAUCGCCCUGGAUGUGGCAGAGCGCGAGGCGCGGGUGCAGCUGACGCCGCUGGCUGCGCGCUGGGGCCCUGGGCCCGGCGGGGCUGGCGGAGACCGGCGACCCGGGCGGCGACCCCUGCGCCUACUCUAUCUGUGUCCAGCGGGGGGCGGGGCGGCAGUGCAGUGGUCCCGCGUAGAGGAAGGCGUCAACGCCUACUGGUUCCGAGGCCUGCGGCCGGGUACCAACUACUCCGUCUGCCUGGCGCUGGCGGGCGAAGCCUGCCACGUGCAAGUGGUGUUUUCCACCAAGAAGGAGCUCCCAUCGCUGCUGGUCAUCGUGGCAGUGAGCGUAUUCCUCCUGGUGCUGGCCACAGUGCCCCUUCUGGGCGCCGCCUGCUGCCAUCUGCUGGCUAAACACCCGGGCAAGCCCUACCGUCUGAUCCUGCGGCCUCAGGCCCCUGACCCUAUGGAGAAGCGCAUCGCCGCGGACUUCGACCCGCGUGCUUCCUACCUGGAGUCCGAGAAAAGCUACCCGGCAGGCGGCGAGGCGGGCGGCGAGGAACCAGAGGACGCACAGGGGGAGGGCCUUGAUGAAGACGCGGAGCCGGGAGACCCAAGUGGGGACCUGCAGAGAGAAGAGAGCCUGGCGGCCUGCUCACUGGUGGAGUCCCAGUCCAAGGCCAACCAAGAGGAGUUCGAGGCGGGCUCUGAGUACAGCGAUCGGCUGCCCCUGGGAGCCGAGGCGGUCAACAUCGCCCAGGAGAUUAAUGGCAACUACAGGCAGACGGCAGGCUGAACCUCGGCCUGUCCGGCCCGCCCAUUCCCGACCUCCACCUAGGGUGCCUGGGAGCAGCAGUCUAGGGCUGGCAGGACUUAUGUCCCCCGUCCCCAACCUUCACCUACUCCUCCCCCUUCCCACUUCGCAACCUUGACUACUAGGGACUUCUAGUAGGGAGUGGGCCGUUUCACCAGUCCCCGCUACCCACGGCUGCCAUUCUCCCUGCGAGCUGAAUCCCUUACCCGCCAAGCACAGUGUUUCUCUUACCCCAUGCAAGACUCCACCCGCAGACGAUGGGCAAUAUCUAUGUCCCUCCAUUCCCAACGCGAUUAUCUGCGAAAUCCGCCCCGCAGCCCGCCCCACCGUGGGCUCUGGAGCCACAAGAAACGAGCGAAGACGUUGGAAACCUCGCGGUAACGCCGUGGUUUCGGGGCCAGCCCGGGCCAGUGGAGUGCUGUGGGGUCGCACUUCGACCUCUCCCCUCCCCCUUCCUUUCUUUCUUUGUUUUUCCUUUUUUUUUUUUUUUUUUUUUUGACGCAGUCUCGGUCUGUCGCCAGGCUGGAGUGCAGUGGCGCAAUCUCGGCUCACUGCAACCUCAGCCUCCCAGGUUCAAGCGAUUCUCCUGUCUCAGCCUGCCGAGUAGCUGGGACUACAGGCGCGCGCCACCACGCCCAGAUAAUUUUUUGUAUUUUUAGUAGACACGGGGUUUCACCAUGUUGGCCAGGAUGGUCUGCAUCUCUCGGCCUCAGGUGAUCCAUCCGCCUCGGCCUCUCAAAGUGCUGGGAUUACAGGCGUUAGCCACUGCGCCCGGCCCCUCCUCCCUUUCAAUCCCUACUCCCAGAAGCCGGGAUUCGUGGCAACCCCUAAUUUUUAGUUCCAAAGUCAUCUCCCAGCAGGGAACCAAAUCCUUCUGUCCCCCCACCCCCACCCCACUUCUGGCCUGUUGGAGUCCAGCCCGGUGCCUGGGGCGCCUUUCAGCUCCGCGCUCAGAUUUUCCUGUUUUCGUUGUUUUCAAAGACAGCGACAUUUCGGGUCUGGUGCUAACACCCCCUUCCCAGCCUCUGGGAAAAUCGGGUGUGUGUGUCGGGGGGUAGGGAGGGAAUGCGUUUUCUGUUGUCUCUCUCCUAACUUAAAGCGCCGCAGGACCGCGCGCCUCUUGGCGGCUGAGCGCGUGGACUUGGUCCCGGGCCAAUUUCGUUGUCCGUGUGUUGGGCUUUCCGGAGGUCUGUGCGCCCAACGGCGCCGCUCCCGCGUAUCCACCCAACCCAGACCCAGCUGGAAAGCGCCGGAGGCGGAGGAAGCUGACUGUGGCCUCCCGGGCCACGGCUCUCGGGAGGGCUCGCGCCCUAGUUCGCACAAAGCCUGCGCGUGACUGUGCGACUGUGCGGUGGGAUCCGGAUGCAGCCGAGCCCCUCUGUCCUCGCGUCUCGGUCCUCGCGUCGCCCCGGCCCACCCGCCCCUGCUUCGGCGGGAAUCGUUGUUUGCCCGGCGUGUAGUCCCUGACAAGCGUGCCCUGUAGGAGAAAAGUCUGUGUCCUGUAAAGUGUGACGGUGUAGUGUAGGGGAGCGGGCGGGGGUGCAGAUGGGCGGGGAGGGAGGGAAAGGGAGGGGCGCGGCGCGGCGACUCGGGGCGGGGUUCUUUUUUCCAUUUUGAAAGAAAGCGUCGGGGUUGGGGUGGGGGGGGUUUCAGUCCUCGGGAUCUGCCGUCUUCGCGAAGCGCAGCACAAGCGCGGGCCUGGGACGGAGUAGCCCCCGGAGCCCGUGCCCUUUUCUAAACGUGUCUGUAUGCAAACAGUCAAUAAAACAAUCGAUUUGA